GUUGAGUCACCACACCAUCAGCCACUUUAUAUUCUUGUGUCCGGUGCCUUGAUUUUCCGCCGCAACCCAGAGGGAGUAAGUGCGAUGGCGCCUUCAACACUGACUGCAUUGGUAGAGGAGAAGACUCUUCAGCAAAGCUUUGUCCGGGACGAAGAUGAGCGUCCCAAGGUGGCGUACAACCAGUUCAGCAACGAGAUUCCGGUAAUUUCUCUGGCCGGAAUCGACGAAUCCGAAGGCCGGAGGUCGGAGAUAUGUAGGAAGAUUGUGGAGGCGUGUGAGGACUGGGGAAUUUUCCAGGUGGUGGAUCAUGGCAUCGACGCAAAUCUCGUAUCGGAUAUGACUCGCCUCGCUAGGGAAUUCUUUGCUUUGCCUGCGGAAGAGAAGCUUCGCUUCGACAUGUCUGGUGGCAAGAAGGGAGGAUUCAUCGUCUCCAGUCAUCUCCAGGGAGAAGCAGUGCAAGAUUGGCGUGAGAUAGUGACAUACUUCUCAUACCCACUCCGCACCCGAGAUUACUCCCGGUGGCCAGACAAACCGGAGGGAUGGAGGGCUGUGACUGAGGUCUACAGCGAGAAGCUGAUGGGUCUUGCCUGCAAGUUGCUGGAGGUACUGUCGGAGGCCAUGGACCUUGACAAGGAGGCUCUCACUAAGGCUUGCGUGGAUAUGGACCAGAAAGUGGUGGUCAAUUACUAUCCCAAAUGCCCACAACCUGAUCUCACGCUCGGACUCAAACGGCAUACGGAUCCAGGUACCAUAACCUUGCUGCUCCAAGAUCAGGUUGGAGGACUCCAGGCGACGAGGGAUGGUGGCAAGACUUGGAUCACUGUCCAGCCCGUGGAAGGAGCAUUUGUUGUCAACUUGGGCGACCAUGGUCAUUAUCUGAGCAAUGGGAGGUUCAAAAAUGCGGACCACCAAGCUGUGGUGAACUCCGACUGCAGUCGGUUGUCGAUUGCCACGUUCCAGAACCCAGCCCCAGAGGCAGUUGUGUACCCACUCAAGAUCAGAGAGGGAGAGAAGUCGGUGAUGGAGGAGCCCAUAACAUUUGCAGAGAUGUACAGGAGGAAGAUGAGCAAGGAUCUUGAACUUGCCAGGCUGAAGAAAUUGGCAAAACAGCAGGAUCGGCAGGAGAGGAAACCCAAAGGCAUUGAAGAGAUUCUUGCUUGAGUAUUUGAAUUUCAUGCUACAUAAUGACGUGACACGUCGUACUAUGUAUCUACGUUGUUCUCCUAAUACACCACUCCGAGAACUUCAUUACGCUAUUUAGGUAUUGAGGGUUAUAUGUAAUCCGUGCAAUAAUAAUGGGAUCACAUUUAUCAAGAACUCA